CCAUCUAUUAUGGGACGGAGGCAGUAUAUUUAACAACCGUUCCAUCCGUCAAACUCAAAAGGCAAUAUCCGUCACUAUUUAGCAGCUAACAAGACGUUUCAAAUACUAACUAUUUGUAGGUGUUAGCCCAAAGAGCAUUGUAGUACAGUCCCCUUAUGUUGCUCAAGUACAACUACUAAGAGACAGGCUGGAAGAUAUGCCCAUUACUGCAGGUGUUGAGGUUGCGACAGUUGAUAGCUUUCAAGGCCGUGAGGCGGAUGCUGUGAUUAUAUCAAUGGUUCGCUCAAACAACCUCGGAGCUGUUGGGUUUCUCGGAGAUAGCAGACGGAUGAAUGUGGCGAUAACCAGAGCACGUAAACAUGUGGCAAUUGUUUGUGACAGCUCCACGAUAUGCCAUAACACGUACUUGGCAAGGUUGCUGCGGCAUAUUAGAUAUUUUGGAAGGGUGAAGCAUGUGGAGCCAGGUGACUCAGGAGGAUCUGGCCUAAGCAUGAAUCCAAUGCUGCCAUCAGUUAGUUGAAAAAACGAAUCCCCGUAUAGUGCACGUCUGUAUAUAAAGGUAUUCGAGCACGUCCUCAAAGCAAUCCCCGAAUAUGCUUAUUCAUUGCUGCUGCAUCACUGCGCUUGCGGUGUUUAGGUAGGAAGGACUCCAUGUUGGGCAGCAGCCCCAUAUAAACUCAUUUCCCUUUUAAUAUAGGUAAAUGCAGCAUCAUGUUUGUAAUUAUUUAUGUAGAUGCACAACAAUUUCUCAAGUCAAUAUACAGUAAUUUCUUCCUA